AUGAUAGACACUGCCAGCCCCAGCAAAGCUGAACAGGGUGUUUCGACUCUGAGCGCUGCAGAUGAUGCUCAACUUUCAUCCGAUGAGGCCGGUGGCUCCACCGUUGCAAGAGCGGGAGAAUUGAGCUUUGGGGAGUAUACUCGCGGUGGAAUGGGCCGCCAUUUGGGCAGCAGCAUCGGUCGCAUAAUCGGUACUGGUAUUUUCUCAACACCAUCCUCCAUUACUAGUAGCACUGGUAGCGUCGGUGCUGCCCUGCUCCUUUGGUUGUUAGGCUUUCUCCUGGCAGGUGCAGGUCUCUGUGUCUGGCUUGAGAUGGGAUGUAUGAUACCGCGUAGUGGAGGAGAAAAAGUUUACUUGGAGGCUGUGUACAAGCGGCCAAGAUCCCUGAUUACGGUCAUUUUCGCUGUUCAGGCAGUUGCUUUGGGAUUUACAGCUUCCGGAUGUGUUGUUUUUGCCUCCUACAUCGUCGUUGCGGCCGGGCAUAAAGCAACCGAAUGGGAAGAACGGGGCAUCGCCAUUGCAGUUAUCGUUUUCAUUACAUUACUACACACCCUACUACCAAAUUGGGGUGUCCGUGGCAUGAAUGUUCUCGGAGUCUAUAAGGUGGUCCUUCUGCUUUUUAUUGUCAUUACCGGUUGGGUCGUUCUUGGCGGACAUGUGGCCAGUGUGCCGGAUCCUUAUUCGAGCUUCCACAAUGCCUUUGAGGGGUCAGCUACCUCAAGUAAUCCCUAUGCCAUCGCAUUGUAUAAAGUUCUGAAUUCUUUUGCAGGGUGGUCAAAUGCGGCCUAUGUCAUGAAUGAGAUUCGUCAGCCGGUCAGGACUAUCAAGAUCGCAGCCCCAAUCGGCCUAUCGUUCUGUGGUAUUAUGUACAUUCUAGCGAAUGUCGCAUACUAUGCUGCAGCAACCCCAGAAGAGGUAGCAAAUAGUGGUACGACGGUAGCUUCACUUUUUAUGGGCAAGGUCUUUGGUCACACAGCUGAACGUGCAUUGAGUGCUUUGGUGGCAAUUUCUGCCUUCGGAAACGUUUUGACCGUUACCUUUGCCCAGGCACGAGUGAAUCAAGAGCUGGCAAAGGAGGGUGUUAUUCCAUUUCCUAAGUUCUGGGCAUCUAACUGGCCAUUCGGAUCCCCUUCCGCUGGCCUUCUUUUGCACUUCAUUCCCUCCUUCAUUGUCAUCGUUGCAAUUCCGUUUGGUGAUGCGUACGACUUUAUCCUUGACCUGGAAGGAUAUCCAAGCGCUGUCAUCAACUUUCUGGUUGUAGCGGGUCUAUUCUACCUUCGCUGGUCUGCUCCGCAUAUUCAUCGACCAUUCCGUGCGUGGCUGCCAGUGGCAUUUUUCUUCCUGGUUGGCCAGACAUUUCAGUUGGUCGCACCUUUUAUUCGUCCUCCUGGGGGCAAAGGAGAUACAUCACUCCCAUACUGGCUUUCUUCGGUUGUCGGAAUUGCCAUUCUCGCUCUGGGGAUUAUAUAUUGGGCAGUAUGGCGGAAGGUUCUGCCUACAAUCGGGAGAUAUACUCUGACCCCCGAGCACGAAGUGCUUGCGGAUAACACUGUGGUCGUAGUGUAUAAGAAAGUGAAAUAG